UUCUGCUUGUAUCUGAGUGGCAUGGUGAAAUCCUGCACUCCCCACUUAGUCCUGCUCUGGAGGUCUAUUUAGAACACUUGAUCUCUACUCUUUUCUUAAUCAAAGUCCACUAUCAUUAAAGCCACUAGCAGUCGAAGAAUAGGGAAAAAAGGUAAUCUCAGAAAUCUCUAAACAGAAUAUCUGCUUGCAAGCAUCCAGCAAUACUUAAGAACUAUUUUGCAGCAAUUCUUAUGACACUUUCAUGAUGGACUCUACAAUAAUUUGCCUGAAAAUGACUGACAGAUCUAUUAUUUUUCUGAGCCUGGUGGUUCUUCACUGUUCCUUUCUAAAUGGAAAAACAUGUAAAUGGAAAUUGGUAGAGGAAUGGCAUCCACAGCCCUCGACAUAUGUGGUGAACUGGACAAUCAAAGGAAACAUCUGCAUGGAUUUUUAUAGAGAUUGCUGGGUUUUGGCUGUAAACACUAAAAUAAACACUUCCAGCAAUCAACUUGUUCCCCAGAUUUGCCCUUUGCAAAUUCAAUUAGGAGACAUCCUUGUAAUUUCUUCUGAACCAUCCCUUCAAUCUCCAGAAAUAAAUUUGAUGAAUGUAUCUAAAGAAGCUUUCACUGACUGCCUGCAAAAUACUUCAACUGAAAAUCAGUUGCUUUUUGGCUGCAAACUAAAAGGAAUGCACAUUGUUAAUCCUCACUGGCUAAGUGUUGGGACACAUUAUUUUAUCACAGUAAUGGCAGGUGGUCCUUCGCUUUGUCAACUGGGACUUCGAUUAAAUGUGACAGUGAAACAACAGUUCUGCCAGGAAUCUCAAAGUUCAGAAUUUUGCUCUGGGCAUGGCAAAUGUCUUAGUGAAGUUUGGGACAAGACAUACAGCUGCCGCUGUCAGCCUCCAUUUUCUGGAAAAUACUGCCAGGAACUCGAUGCAUGUUCUUAUAAGCCAUGUAAAAACAAUGGCAGUUGCAUUAUUAUAAGAGGAGAAUGGAAUAAGCAAGGAUAUGAAUGUAUUUGUCAACCACCAUUUACAGGCAGAAAUUGUUCAGAAAUAAGUCAAUGUCAGUUAAAUCUCUAUGGGAAUUGCAGCAAUAUUACUGCACAUAGUUUAAUUUAUGAAAAUGAAAAACAAUUUUCAAGUCCAUCCUGUGAAGAGUUAAUGAAACCUUGUGUUUCUCAUUCUUGUUGGAAAGUGGGAAUUUGCCAAAAUACCAGCUUGGCUUAUAUUAGUGAGUGCCCAGAAGUAUUUCUCAGUCAAAACUGGGAAACUGAUGUCAAGGAAUGUUCAACACCACAUCAGAACUGCUCGGGCAGCAUCAACAUAACAAAUGAUGUUAUGUGCACCUAUUCAUCAAUAUUUAUAAUCGUGCUUUGUAAGAGAACUCAAUCAUCACAUCAGAUAUGUCCUUGGAUGAAUAACGCCACAGGCACAUGUAUGAAAUGUGAAAAAGAAAAUUUCAGUUGUAUGCCAGGAUUUACUGGGGAAAACUGUGAGAAAGUAAUUGACCGCUGUAGACUGCUCAGCAUCAGCUGUCUUAAUGAAGGAUGGUGUUUCAAUAUAAUUGGAAGAUUCAGAAAUGUAUGCACUCCAGAAUGCCCAAAAAACUCAAGUUGGUUUGUGAAGAAAGUUUACUUAAUUCAUCAGCAACCUUGCUACUGUGGAACCACCUGUCGAGACUUUUAUCCAGCUGAAAGUGCUUCUCAAGUUGGAUAUGUGUGGCAACUGCAAUUUACAGAAUCUGAAGCUGGAAAAUGCAAAGUGGCUAUCGAUGCCUACUUUUUUCUCACUGGAAACUGGAAUGAAGGUGCAGUCUAUGUGAACAAACCUGAAGGCAUGAAUAAUAUGUGUGAGUUUCCAUGUGAAAGUACUAUAAAGAUUUGUGCAAAUGGACACAGUUUGUUGAGCAAUGAAGACAGACGAGGAUACAUGUGUCCAUAUGUUCUCAGAUGGGCUGGCAAAAUGUAUCUGAGAAAUACAACUGGCUAUCAAGAAAAUGGGUGUCAACAUGAACUUAUUUGUAAAGAUGAAAUUAAUAAACCCAGAUGCAGCUGUUCACUUAGUUACAUCGGCAGAUUCUGUAUUGCCAAUUGUGAAUAUUGCUUAGAAAUCCAGAGUACCUCAUUGCAUAGACUCUGCCUGUCCCAUUUGCACAAUUGUAACUGUAGCUGUCUGCAAAGAUAUGAAAGAAACAUCUGCGAAAUAGAAACCGAAGAUUGUAAAUCUGUGCCCUGCACAAAUGGAGCAAGCAGUAUACAUUUAAGUGGACCUUUCUUCUGCAAGUGUGUGCCAGGAUUUACAG